UACGUGCAAAGGUGGGGGGUGGGGGGGAAACCCUCAGGGACAAGGGAAAGGACGGCUUAUCAUAUAGUGUGUAUCCCAAAUCCCUGCACAGCGCACUUCACGCUACAGCGUCGUCGGGAGCCGCUUCUUGCAGCCACUGAAGGCGAUACAGACACGAAGUUUCCAGGAUGUCAGCUUCCGAAGUAUGGAGGGACCCUCAACCAGCCAUCAGCUAUCCUCUUGCCGACUCCCAACCCUUGGUGCCGCUCAGCAACAGACCUGUGGUUGUGGCCGUAGGAAAUUCCACUGGUGGUGUGGGUUUCUCUGUCAAUUUGGAGACAAGUGCCGGCGACAUAGCGAUACACGUCAAUCCACGCUUUCUCCAAGGAGCAACUGCUGUAAACAAUCUUGCAGAAAGUGCCUGGGGAUAUGAGCACACAUGCCCCAUGCUAACCAACAUAAAUGAACAGUUUGUUUGCAAGAUAACGGCGGACGGUUCUAACUACGAGGUCUACAUCAACUCCAAGCAUUUGAUGAGCUACCAUAGCCGCACGCCUUGUUCAGCCGUAACGAAGCUCACUGUCUAUGGAGACGCAACGCUGCGCGGAGUGACCCAAUGCAUGGAGGAUUGUGUGCCAGAGCCAUAUUGAUCCAAAUAACUGCAUAAAAUCCCUGCUAUUGCUCA